AAUAUCCCCCAACUCAGCCUUAUAAAUAUACCGAUGUACCACUAGCUUUCCAUAAAACGCCUACCAGCUUUGAAGGCGGCGUCCAUAGGGCGAAAUUAAAGGAUAAUAUAAUUUUUAUAACUAGGAUAGUAUAAAGUUUACGCCGUCCGCAGCGAUGGGGCACUACUCUUGUGAUAUGGAUUGGAGCGUGGUGGAGAUAGAUACAGAAGAUGAUCCUGAUCUUCAAAGGUCUAUGGUGAGGAUAUAUCUGAAAGAUGGGUAUGCUUCGUAUGGUAAAACAUGGUGGCUGGACCAUGAAGAACGCGGCAGGGAGAAGGAUGUUCUGUAUAGGUUUGAGAAGUGCGUUGACGUGAGCGGUGAAUGUGCUUGGACUAGUGACUUGGAGAAGAUUCUCCAGGGAGGAUCUGAAGAAGAAGAACUUAUGACUUUAUUUACCGAUAAAGUACUCUCCCCCUUCAAGCACCUUUUCUACGGAGAAGCGCUCAAGUACGUCGCAAGUGUUCUGAUAAGGGGAUGUCGUGAUGGGCUUAUUCCUCUCCUCAAUCACAACCCUAACUCAAAGCUAUACUCGAUUAGCCUGGCUGUAUCUUUACAGCUCUCUGUAACUUUGGGAGUAGAGGUCUAUACCUUGUUUAAAAAGUAUUAUUUUGAGAGUAUAGGCCUCGAGCAACCGCCGCCUGGUCUCCCUGAUUACGAUCAGUCAACUCCAAUGCCUCUGCCGAGGAUAGUGCGGGAUGGCUACGGUUUCUUCCAGCUUGGCGGUCGUGCAAAAUUAGAUGAAGAAGAAAAAACAUGUGCGAUUUGUUUUGGCAAGUACGAACCGCAGUGCCUCGUGAUUCGCCUUCAAUGUCUGAAUGAGCUUCUCCCCGAAGAGGAGCAUAGUCACGAGGCCGACACCGCAGCAGCAAUGUUGCUGCCAUGCCAGCACAUAUUCCAUACAAAUUGCAUCACCCGCUGGUUUCAGGUUUCAGUUGAUGAUCACACACCCCACCAUGAGCAUCUAUCCAGUAACAAUACUUGCCCUCUAUGUAGGUUUCGGAUCCCCACCCACUAUUACGUGGUUUCUCUUGUACAAUGCUUUCCUCAAUGAUCAUGGAGCAAUUCUAGGGUACUUAAAUGUUGAAUGAACCAGGCCCGGACACCAAUCCCAUUUGUUUAUUAGUAUAUAUUCCAAGCCCGGCCAUUUUUAGUGUGCUGAGUUAAUUAGAAUUUCGCCGGGGCAAGUCAUUUUUCAGAUUUACAUGUAAUUCAUUUACACGUUAGUUAUUUUGAUCACAGUGGUCAGUUUUUUUCCAUGCACUUGUUAGUUCCGUCAACAAUAUUAAUUAAGGGAACCAACAUAUAUAUGGUGUUGUGAGCAUAGUAUAUCCAAUUUUUGUUGUGAAAUUGGAUUACAAAGAAUGUUUUUGCCCAGUCUUAAUUUCUACACCAAGUCACUUUAUAGACAUAGUUGCUACAAAUUGUUUACUCUAACUUCUUCC